GAACUUCCUUGUAAGAAUUUUUCCCACACUCAGGACAGGAAAUACGGCUUCUACCCCUGACAGGAAUACGGCUUCUCCCCUUUGUGUGAGAGAUCUCUGAUGUGUGUAAAGACUGGACUUCACUGAAAAAACAUUUCCCGCACUCAGGACAGGAAUAUGGCUUCUCCCCUGUGUGAGAUCUCUGAUGUCUGUAAAGAUUGGACUUUAGUAAAAAACAUUUCCAGCACUCAGAACAGGAAUACGGUUCUCCCCCUGUGUGGGAUCUCUGAUGUUUACACAGAUGGGUCUUCGUUGAAAAACAUUUCCGCACUCGGGACAGGAAUACGGCUUCUCCCCUGUGUGAGAUCUCUGAUGUCUGUAAAGAUUGGACCUUCCCUGAAAAACAUUUCCCGCACUCAGGACAGGAAUACGGCUUCUCCUCCAUGUGAGAUAUUUUAUGCACAUUAACAUGGGAUUUAGAACUGAAACAUUUCCCGCACUCUGAACAGGAAUAUGGCUUCUCCCCCGUGUGAGAUCUUUUAUGCACGUUAAGAUGGUAUGUAGAAUGGAAACAUUUCCCGCACUCAGUACAGGAGAACCUCUUCCC